AUGGCGCAGCAAGGCGGCACGUACCGUCCUGAAUCACCAUGGUCGUAUCAUGUACGCGUAGGCAAUAAGACGUUUGGAUCACUGCCCACCAGCAAAGAAGCGGCACGUAAUACCGAAGCUUCGGAGCCAAAGACCGACAACAGUCCAGACGACGAGAAGAAACUCGACGAAGAAUGGGAAGUCGUCCAAGUGCCCAUUGUAGAGGACAAGAAAAAGGUUGGUACAGGCAACGGCAGUAGAAUAUCAAGUCAGUUCCAACUCGACUUGGGCUGGGGUAGUUGGAGGACGACUGUAUUCAGGUGGGAAGUGAAUAGUAGGACGAAUGAACAUUAA